AUGGCAACCGCAUUUCUCCAGCUGUCCCUGGUUUCAUUGGUGUUGACAGCAGCGAAUAUCGUGGGCCACCUUUGGGAGCCAGAUCAGUCCUGGAUUUUUGGCCCGCAUCCACUGUACAAGCUCCGGCAUGUUGGGCCUGUUGGGCUGCUGUUUGGCUUUAAGUACGGCGUCACUAAUUGGGGCUUACAAAUUCUUCCUGUAGGUAUGCACUUGUUGCUUCAGUCCACUGAGAUCGUUUGGGCAAUUAUAUUAGCAGAGUACGUCAACGGAGAAGACCUGGGAGUAGUUGAAAUCCUAGCGGCGUUUUUGUCAGGGACAGGAUCGUUUCUUAUUGGCUUACAUGCCGUGGACACUUUGGAGACGCCGCUGAUGCCAAUUCUAGUGAAUCUGUUGCCUCCUCUGAUCUUGGCGCUGUGUCUUUCAACUUUGCGCAUGGGAGCUCAAGAGCUCUUCCGGUCCGACAAUCGGUUGGCAGGCAGCAUUUCGGUGGUGGAGUUCACUGCCAUGAAACUUGCUCUCAGUGCUCUAACGGCGCUGGUGCUUGCGAUGCUUUGCGAAAGGGGCACCAAACUCCAGAGCUCUUGGUGGAAAGCGCUUGCUGAAGAGUCAGAUGCUGGAGUACUUCUAGUACUGCUUGGAGGAGUUUUCAUCUUGAUCUUUCAGGUGAACUUGACUUGGCUUACCAGCCUCACAUCGGUGGCCACAGUGGGCAUCAUUGGAGGUGUCAAAAUAAUACCCCAGUGGAUUCUCAAUGCCAUCUUCCAGCUUCAGGUGGAUUUGGAGCCGCUAAACAUUCUGGGAGCCUUCCUGGUUCUUGCAGCCAAGAGGGUGGUUCAGGAAUCUGAUGAAAGAUUCAAGGGGUUGGAAGGCUUAGCCCAAGAUGUGUACAGCCAGGAUUCGGUCGACUCCCAGCGUUUGGUUUUGGAUGAAUCUCAAGCUCAGAGCUUGUCCCUUCGUCAACGCUGUCAAGAUAUGGAGAUGAGUUUGGCUGCACGGUUUCCAUCAAAUGAUGGCGGAGAUGGUUUUGACGAUGAAGAUGAAGAAUUAGUUCGAGAUCGCAUGCCCCAAAGUUUUACCAGUCACAGGGAUCUAGUUGAGAGGGACAUUGUGGAUGCUCGUUCGCUUCGGUAUGCCACAUUAGGAUACAUUAGGCAUUUUGACAUUGAUCGCACUCGUGGUUCGUUGCUUACUUCGCAAUCGAUCUUUCAAAUAGGGCUUGAUGGUUACAGUGCCAAGCAUUUGCAAGAGUUUUCAGGUCGUGUCCUUCGCACUUUGAAUAGUGUGCCGCAGGGAGAUUGGCCGUCUCAGCGCAUGAUGGGUGAGUGGUUGUUUCAUCGGUUGAGGCAAGUUCGCAAGUUGGAAAGGACCAUUGAUGAGAUCAAGAGAAGCGAUGCUCAGUCGUCACUCCGUGACUUUGAUCACCUUUGGAAUAGGUUGCAGGAACACUUGCUUGAGGAAAGAGAGGACAUCAACGCGCAAUCAAUUGAAAACUUGUUGAAGUCCAGCUUGCCAAAGAAAUUGCAGCCCGACAAGCCCACCCGUGCGCCUGCUGCCAUCGCUCCGUCGUCUGAAUCGAAGACCUCCCCAAAAGGUAAGGCCAAGGGAAAGGGAAAAGCAAUGACAGCAGAGCAAAAGGCCAAAACAGCCUGCAUCUUCUACAGGUGUCAACCUUUUGCCAUUUGUCACCGCCGGGGUGUAGAAAGCUAUGGGCAUGCAGAGCUUCUUGGACCAGUGGAAGCAAAGAAGACAGAGCUUCGAGAGCUUGUUGGGGACCACUACCGAAGUGUGUUGGAGAGUUCUGACCAUAUUCGUGCAAUGUCAGAUUGUGCGGUACAGGUUGCUCACGGUGCUGAAAAACUUGAGUCUCUAAUAGCGACCAUGUGGGAGCUGGCAGGCAAACCACCACAGCCAGAUAACCAGUGGGAGCCAGAGACCGAAUUUAGCUUGUGCGAGCACGUCAUGGAGCUUCUGGAAAUGCCGGAAAAGGUUCGUGGCCUGGUUGCAGAGCUGAAUUUCGUGAAGGCAGCGAAGGCGGCUCUAGUGGACGCGCCAGCCUUGCACUCACAGGUCCAAGAGCGCUUGCGAGUGGAGAGUCUUCCGGGCUUUGACCCACAAGGGUUGAUAGCACAGCAAGCUGCAGCCUUUCGGUCCUUGCCCCGGCAGGUUGCUGGUGGCUGUGUCGAUGCAUUUGCGGCAGCUGAACUGACACCUGCGGCAGCCGCAGAAGCUUUCGUCGCGCACUUGGUGCUGGAUGAAGCGGCGGCCUCCUCUUUGCUCCGUCGGUUCAUUGCUUGUCGCUCGAGCUUGCUGCGAGACAUCCUGGAAGGUUCUGGUGCUGCGUUUGGUGGAGACUCGCAGGAAGGGCUGCUACAGCGUCUCAGCGCAGCUGCCAUGGCUUUUGAGGGAACGAUUGUGGUAGCCAGCAGCUUAUGUACUCCGGGCGCAGGAGGAGCUGCACCACCACUGCUAGCCUCUGCUUUGAACCGCUUGGACACCUCCAACGAAAUUUUGAAGCAGAAGGCAGCCAUGCUUGUGGCAGUCUUCCGUAGUGGGGGCUCCAUGGCCACAGAGCUCGCUCCACUCGGCCUACAGUUUGUCAAAUCCUGGGCGCCAGAAGUGGGACGAGACUCUGGCAAGACUUUCAGUGGGCAUUUUGAGGCGCUCAUUGCGAGCUCUUCCCCCACAACCUGUUCUGAGUUAGGGCAGCUUCAGCGGCUUUUUACGCAGAGACUCACUGCCUUCCGUCGGGCCUUGGCAGAGAGUGUGGGUGACGGCCGCGAUUGGCCAGCCCUUUGGAAAGGAGCCUGUGGGCUCUUCUGCCCCGGCAAAGGGGUGUGCCCAGAUUCGCUGAGCGCUCUUCAAAGAUGUGUUGAGCAGAGCUGCGCGCAACUGGUGAAGGAAAGGCUAAGAGAGCUGAAGCUGGUGCUGGUCAAGCCAGGAGAGCUGCCAGAAGAGGAAGUAGAUGAGUCCAGGAGGGCGGAACAGCUCACUGAAAUGAGAAGCCAGUGCCAAGCACAUAUCUCGAGUUUCGACGAGGAGUUGGGUAGUUUUCUUGAUGAUGUGGCGCAGAUUUCCGAGAUCCAGAUCCCCAGCACUGUGACAUUUGCAAUGAUGGAAGGCCUUGAACUGCAACUGGCGACUGCGCUUCAGGCGCUGCAGUCCAGCAUGCCUCGGGUAGCGCCUUUAUGGCCAGCCACGGAUCUUCAGGCAUGGACAGCAUGGACAGCAUGGACCUUUGAGGAACCUUCGGGGUGCAUUGGAUUCGCUCACUGA